AUGAACUACCAGCGCCCAAACAACCAACAGGACUCUUUGGAGUCCAUUCUACACGGUGCCUACGGCAACGUGCCAGGAUACUUAACCAACCCUCCGCCCCCUCCGCCGGUGCCAGUCAUGCCCACGAAUAAAGCUUCGCCUGCGCAGGCGCGCGCGGACGCCGUGGGCCCGCUCGAGCCUCGCAAGAAGCCCGGCGUCAAAAACGGCGCCAAGAAGCGCUCGUGGGUGUGGGACUGGUUCGUUCAGGACCACGCAGACGCCAAUGCUGCUGUCUGUGACCACUGCCAGAAGACCAUUCUCCGCUUGGCGCUGGACAAGGGCCUGCCCAAGAAGUUGAGCGAACACCUCAAGACACACAAGAUUUCGCGCGAGUCUAUCAAUCCUACGCGCGAGGGCCACGUACCGCAAGGCAACGACUCUGCACGUGUGCUCCAUCCGAGUAUGGAGGAGUCAAUGCACGCGACCGCGCUCCUCGCGUACGCACCAGGCGCACCGCCUACGCGCGCGCCCGAAGCGCGCUACUACUCGCAGGAGUUUGACAACGGCGAGUACACGCAGAUGAAGUUCCAGAAGAACAUCAUGCGGUUCUUGACUGAAAACAAACUCCCGAUCGCGGUUGUCAAGUCACACUCAUUCCGCCAGAUCAUCUACGACAUGCGCCCCAACUCGAUUCCUGAGUUGAACGAGUUGAACUCGUUAUACUCGAGCUUGAUCCAGGUGUUAAAGAACGACAAGGAUGAGCCAGAAUCGGAGGCGGCGGGCGGGAGCAUGUUUGCUCAGGGAGAAGCGCCGGCGAACGGCGCGAGCUGGGAAAUUCUUAGGUGA